ACUUCAUCUUUUCCAAUAUUUCUGAGCAAAUCUUUACUUGAUGUAAGCGAUUCUCUCACUUAUUUAUGUAUAAUAUUUUGUAUAUAAUGUACAUCCAGUCAUCAUGGGGAACUGCGUCACAACUGUAUGCCACCAAAUUAAGGUCAUUAUCUCUGUGAAGAAACAAGAAACUUAGAGUAAAAAGUUGCUACAAAAAAUCCCCAAACUUGAAGAAGACCAACUCAUCUCACACGUAACGACUAAUUUUAGGUGUGCUCUUUGGUGCUCGAAAAGACCUUUUCGUUCGGUCGAGGUUACUUUUGGGAGAUAUUUCUACAACAAUGUUAUAUAGGUACCUACAAUACCCAUGGGUAGUAUGCCAAACGUACAGUAUCUACCUGUUGAAUUCAUCGGAACAUUAAAACUUGAAUCUUGAACCAAACAGAGAAACUGACAGGCACAAGAGUAGUCAGGGCAAAAUAAGCAGCAAUCCAGCUGUUCGAAUAGUGGUCUUCCAUUUACGGUGAACUCUCUGCUCUGGUGUAUGCGAUGACGCCGCGCCGCUUCGAGUCGUGCCUAAAGUACUUUGAGGCCAGUUCGCUGUGCGAUUCUACUUAGAGGCUACGGUGUGUGUGUAGGUAGGCUAUAUUGCGACGCUGACUAUAAUGCUGGUAUCUAUAUAAAUUCCGUUGAAGCGAUUAUUAUGGUGUUGAUUGGAUCGCUGCAGACUUAUCUCGUUCCUCUCUCUCUUUGGUUCAGAAUUGUUUUUACUGUGUGCGUUCGAAUGAGACCAGUUUUCAUUUUGAAUGAGUCUCUCUUUUGGAGUUCAAUAAGCAAUCAACAGUUUCUCAGCAAACAUGUGGAAGUUUGACGAAUGCAAUGACUCCAAGGCCCGUAACCGGCUCCCUUUGGAGGCAAGAGUUCAAGCCAUUAAGGCUUACGAAAAGACCCCUAAUUACUCAAAAGUCGGUCUUAUGUUUAAGUGCAGUUCCAAACAAAUACGCACCAUUAUACAAAAUAAAGAACAAAUACUGGCCAUGUAUGAGUCUUUCCCAAAACAAAUGACCGACGAAGACAAGCCUAGAGAUAAAAGAAGACUUAAGAAAAUCGGUUUACUGGGAACGGUUAUGUAUGAAUGGUUCUUGAGAGCUCGUCGCAAUCCAAGCAUUUGCAUAAUUUCAUACAAACUAAUUCAAGAUGUUGCUCUGGAGGUGAAAAAAAUUAUGAAUGUCGAAAACUUCUAUCCAAACAGUGCUUGGCUGUUGAAUUUUCGUCAGAAAUAUAACAUUACGGAUACGGACAUGAAAGUCCAGUCUAAUGAUCCAGGACCAAUGAAAUUGGAUAUUGAAUCAAUUAUUGCUGAUGUUGUGGUUAGGGAGAAAAAUAACAAUAGAUAUGCUGGGUCAAUCUCGUCAUCAAGUAGUACACACAAUGAGGGUCGAAAUAGAACAAGUGAUUGCUCAUCGAUUGAGGACAAUGAUGACAAUGGACCUCCCGCGAAAAAUCCAAGACUUGAGCGAAUUGGUGUCAUUGAAAUCGAUAGUGAUGAAGAUGAAGAUGAAGAUGAUGCUGAUGUCAAUGAUGAAGAUGGAAAUUCUGUUAUAAAGACUAUCGAUCAGGCAUUGGUGCAUUUAAAACCUUUGGAAGAUUUUGCUUUGAUGAGAGAAGACUACCGAGUUAUUGGAUUGAUUUCACAACUAGAGGUUAUCUUGAGAAGUUCAAAAGACAAAUUUAUGGACAUUGAUAUGGAAAAACGUAGCCUUCUGCUACGGGAUUUCCAAAAUGGACUUACACGUUUCCAGGCAAAUGCAAAUCUUAAAGAGAAAUUUGGUGAUUGUGUGGGGUAUGGGGUUCGAACUUGUGAACGAUGGUUUAACAAAUUCAAAAAAGGAGAUUUUGAUUUGACAGUAAAACCACGUGAUAAAUGCUAUAAGGAUAGAACGUAUUCAAAGAGAAAGAGACCAACAAAAGCAAUUAAAAAAGUUGAUGAAGUCACUUUUAAGCAACAACAACAACUAGAAACAACAACAGAAUUGCAACCUGAAGCUGCAAAGAGCAAUGAACAAAGUGCAAAUGUUGAAAGUUUACUUACAAAAAAGCGUGAACUAACUGUAUCUAAAGUUUCAGCUAAAAGUGGAGCUGCUGUUAAAAAACCUAGUACUGAACCGAAUAUAGUCACAAGACGACUUGUUAAAACUUCACUUCCGAAACUAAUACCUGUUAACGAUUCUCCAACUGCCGUACCAGCUGAAAUGCCUAAAUUAAGACCUCGGAGACCUCGAUCUCAAGGAAUUGAAAUUAAGCUCCCUGAUAGUGCGGCCAAGCGAAUGUCUCCUCAAACAUUAACAGAAAAUCAUAAUAUUGGAGGAGGGAAUAGGAGCUCAAAUAAGUCUGAAACAAUCAAGAACACUCCCACUAAAGGGUCCAAAGCGGUUACAGUUCAGUUUCAGAAUUUAUCCCCGGAAAUAGCAAAGAAUACAGUCUGUACAAAAUCUAAAGUUCAGAAUCGAACACCCAAAAACUCUGUUAACAAGAAUCCUAAAGUUGACAAUAACGGACAAGUAGUCAAACCCAGCCUUUUGAAGAGUCAAAAUCCAAUAACCAAAAGAUUGCCCCCCACAAAUGGGAUUUCGACAAAUCCCAAAGUUACUAACAAUCGACAAGUUGACAAAAGUCGUCUCUUAAAAAGUCAAACUCGAAUUACUCCUCAAGGAUUUGCCAAUACCGAUGGAAUGUUAAAAAUUACAAAUGUUGCUCACAUCGACAGCAUGAGCCCAGAGAAAAGAAAAGAACAAACAACUCCAGAUAAACGUUGCACACCUCCCCAGCAGACUCCCCUUUCGCCGUUAAAUAACCCAACGGGUGUUAUUUACCUUAAUCCACAAGAAAUAUUUCGAUCGAGUUUUGGCGGUUUUGGAAGUCUACCAUCGAAACGACAACUUCCCUCUGAGAAAUACUAUAAAAAUCCAAAACGAGUGUCACUACAACCAACACCACUUCCUCCGGCACCAAUGACAAUGCCAACUCCGCCGCCAGAAGAUUCUGUUGUACUUAGCGACAGCGAUGGGGAUGAUUUGGUUUUUCCUGAAAAUACUGCUCUGCCUGCACCAAAAAUAAAAACCGACACAUUUACAACAUAUUGGGAUUUGGAAAGUGGCAAACCAAUACCUAUAAAUGGAGAAGUGGAACCGACAGGCGAAUAUCAACACAACAAAAUGCAUCUUAGAUCUUCAAAGCAUAAUAUUGAAGUUACAAGUUAUGAUGUUGAUUUUUUGGAAACACUUAUAUACGAAUGGAUACGACGUUCAAUGUUUUUUACGAAUUUCCGUCUCUCAAGUACAUUGCUUAAGGCAAUCGCAUUUAAAUUCAAAUCAAUUUUAAAUUUAGAAUCAUUUACUCCAACCGAUGAAUGGAUAGAGAAAUUUCGAAUAACUUAUAAUUUAAAAGAAGUUGAUACAUCACAAUUAGAUGAUAUUGGUUGUAAAAUUGGAAAAUCUGUAGGCCCGGCAGAUAUUUUCAAUGAUUUACAACCUCAGUGGGUUGCUUUAGAUCCUAAAUCCAUUAAUGAAACAUUCGAUGCGACAAAGCUUUCUACAAGUAUUUAUAAGCCAGCUGUUGAUGUUAAAGCAUCUACUCCAGUUGAAAAAAUAAUUAAAAGAACAGAAGUGAUAAAUAAAACUAUGACAAAGGAUUCUAAAUCAAUUAAAGGAACUGAUAAAUUAAUUAUGGAUUCAAAAACAACAUUAGCAGCAUCACAAAAACAACCAACAACUUUAGCUAAAAAAACUCCAAUACUAACAAGGUCAUCAACAAAAAUACCAACAAUUUCAGCCCAAAAAACUCCAAUACUCUCAGCACCAUUACAAAAAAUAUCAGAAACUAUGAAAAAAGAUCCUAAAUUGAUUAAAGGAUAUGAUAAAACGUUCGUUCUGACAUCAAAUAAUAAUCCAGGUGAUGAUGUUCGAAAAGCGGCUCCUAAUGAAGAUAUAAUAAAAGCAACAGCAGUGAUAAAAACAACAGCUAUCAAAAAGGGGGCACACGGAAGUAUUUCUGGAAACGAAGAAAAGAAAAAUGAAAUUAUGAAAGAAGAUGUUUCGAAAGAUAAGUCAAAAGAUAAUAUCCCACAAUCUUAUAGCUAUGAAUCCGACAGUAGCUUAGAUAAAUUUGACACAAACGAAGAACAAAUAAUGGAUAUUGAAGAUGAGCUCCCAGUGUGUACUAUAUUUGGAAGAAAAACCGUACAGAAUGUAGCCAACAUUGUAUCCGAUAACAAAUCUAAAAAUGAAACAUUUCAACCAAUGAUAGUGUGUACUGAUCCUAAAAAUCCAAACCAUAAUACCAUAACGCUUACAGAAAAAAAUCAAACAUUUACAAGUAUUGUAAAAGAGGUAGAAAAACCUAAAGAUGUUAUUGAUUUAAAACAAUUGGAAACUGAUGCAAAUACUUCAAGUCCUGGUGAAUUCAUAGACCAAUAUAUAAAAGUACUUUCGCGUGUUCCCGAUGAUAAGGUCACUUACUCUUCAAAUAAACUAUUCAGACCGUUGCCAUUGAAAGCAAGGAGAACAAAAUGUAAAAUUGUUAAGCCUGAUUUAGACAGUUCAGAUUCAAAGCCAAUUGAUUUGGAAGAUUCAGGUUCGGUCGCUGAAAACUCAAAGCCGAUUGAAUCGGAAGAUUCAGCUUCAGUAGCCAAAAAGCCAGUUGAAAAAAAUAAACGGAAGCGAAAAUAUAUACAAACUUUGGCUGCUGAGUCAACAAAAGAUACGAAUGCACCUACAAAAACAAAAGCAGUUGAUCAAACCCCCACAACAGGAUUGCCAAUAUUGAAUUCACCAGUUAAAUCACAACCAAACAUACAAACAACAACAACAGAAUCACCAAAAUUGCUUAUCCCACAGCCACAGCCAGUUGAAUCAGUACCAACCGAACAGACAAUAACAUCAAAUAAUACACCUGCAUCGCCAAUACCUUAUUCCCCACAGCUGCAAGUUCAAUUUCUUCCAAACAAUCAAACGGAAAUAUCAAAUGAAAUGGCUUUACAAACACAACAACUAUUGUGGAAUCCAUCGGUUUUUCCAAUAAAUAAUACAACACCUAAUUUUGCAGGGGACACAAUAUUAGAAACACAACCAGGGGGAAUAUUCUAUACCAUUCAAAUGCCACCAUCUGAUCAAAAUCUACCACUAACAAUGCCAUACAUUUCAUCAAUACCAACAAAUUUCCAAACUCAAGCAAUGGCAAUGCCAAUAGUCUACCAAUUGAAUUCACCAAUUCAAUUUCAAACAACUGGUUCAGAAAUUUCACCAACAUUUUUAAACUUACAACAAUCCCCAUUAAUACAACAAACACCUUUUGUACAAACAAUAGAUACAUUACAGCAAACAUUACCAACAACAAAUUUUCCAAAUUGUACUCAAAAUCAAUUUAUACCAACAAUAACAACGCAAAGUCAACAAUCUUUAUUCACAAAUAUACCAACAACUCCAAUUAAAUCAAUACUCGAAACGAUAUCAUCAAACUCAAACAUAACAAUAAAACCAAUAGAAACUGAUCCUGUAAAGAACAUACCACCAAAAACUCAAAAAACAGCCCACAUAACUAUCACACCGAUGGUUACAAAUUCAACAACAACUUCUAACACAAAAAGAAUAACACCAAUUCCAGUCGAGAGGUUAUUAACAAAAAAUCAUACGACACCGAAUACUGGACGUUUGCAAAAUACUCCUUCUCUACAAACAUCAACAAUAUCAGCGUCACAAAAACUGGCAACAAUUCCUGUCCAAAAAACUCCAAUACUAUCAGGGCCAUCAACAAAAAUACCAACAAUUCCAGUCAAUAAAACUCCAUUAAUUUCAACACCAACACAAAAAAUACCAACAAUUUCAGCCCAAAAAACUCCAAAUUUUUCAGCACCAUCACAUAAAAUAUCAACAAAUGCAGCGCAAAAAACUCCAAUACUAUCGGCGCCAUCAACAAAUAUACCACUAACUAUCGCCCAAAAAACUUCAAUACCUUCAAGGUCAUCACCAAAACCAAUACCAUCGCCACCAUCAACACUAAAUUCAACAACGAACUCAAAUGCAACAAACACAAUGCCAGUCAGGUGUGACAGUUUAACAAGGAAAAACCAAGGAACACGGUUCGCUAAAAGGGAACCGCUAAAAACUAAAGAGGAAGCUAUUAAAUAUAUAAAGCUGAUGGAAGAUUUUGCGAUGUUAAAUGAAGAUUUCCGUUUGAUAGGUUUUCUUGAAAGGCUUCAAAAGCAAGUAUGAGUGAAGAAAAUAUUUGUUACUUUUA